UAACCAGAGAUACUAUAUGCUUAUGCGUUAUUCAUUGACUGGUCUUUCGUCUGUUACGAUAGGCAUGUACACGCCCAUGUAGCCAAGUAAUUGCAGCCAACUUGGCUUUUAGCUCUUCAGCUUCAGAGCUUUAGUUUCCAAUGCUGUUUCAUGCAAUGAACGUAUUCAAAACACCCAAGCCACCCCAGAAAUUGGGCGUCACAACAACUGAAUUAACUAUUUUAAUUUCUUCUGACAAUUGUUCUUCCUUUCUCGUUAAUACCGUAACAAUUUAAUAAUGUCACGUCCUGAACACAUCGCACCACCAGAGAUUUUUUAUAAUGAUGAUGAAGCCAGGAAAUAUACAGACAACUCACGUAUCACUUCGAUUCAAGCAGAAAUGGCAUAUCGUGCCCUAGAAUUGUUAAAUCUUUCAGAAGGACCGAAAUAUCUUUUAGAUAUCGGGUGCGGAUCAGGCUUGAGUGGAGAAAUUUUAGAAGAAGAAGGACAUAUUUGGGUUGGGUUAGAUAUUUCCUCAGCCAUGUUAGAUGUGGCCAACGAAAGAGAAGUUGAAGGAGAUCUUUUCUUGCAAGAUGCAGGUCAGGGCGUAGGAUUUAGACCCGGUGUGUUUGAUGGAUGUAUCAGUGUAUCAGUACUUCAAUGGCUAUGUAAUGCUGAUAAGACGAUCAACAGACCAAAGGCUAGAUUACAAAGGUUCUUUUCAACGCUGUAUGCUUCAUUGACCAAAGGGGCCAGAGCAGUUUUCCAAUUUUAUCCAGAAAAUGAUGAUCAAAUCGAACUCAUUAUUGAUGUAGCUACUCGGUGUGGUUUCGAAGGUGGUUUGUUAGUUGAUUACCCCAACUCCAAGAAAGCCAAAAAGUAUUAUCUCUGUUUAUUUGCUGGUCAGCAAACAGGCAUAAAAAAUCAAAUGCCCAAAGCCUUAGGUGAAGACGGUGAUUUACACCCAGAUGAAGAGAGAUCGAUUCAAUAUGAAAAGCGGGGGCAUCAGUAUAAGAAAAAGAGCCGUGAUAGAAAAUCGGUGAAAAAUAAAGAGUGGAUUAACAAGAAGAAGAGAAUUGCAAGGGAGAAAGGUGACAAGCCGGUCGCUAACGAUUCAAAAUUUACCGGUAGAAGAAGAAAAGUUAGAUUUUAAUUUCUUUAAACCAGACAUUGAGUCUUUCCUGUCGUAUUAUAUCCAUUGUCUUCCUUAUACGCUUUUUAAUAUUUUUAAUUCACUGUAAUAUAUGUAUUAUAAAAUAUGUUUGCUUUUCGUAAGCUCAGAUUCUUUUUAGAUAGUGGUGGAAGGUAUCUUAAAAUACAGGGAUUUUUUCGGACUGUACUCAUUGGUAUUGAAAAGAU